UCGACUACAGAAUACCAUGUAUUCCCCUCUACCUGAUAGUCAAGCCCCAAUAUAGCUAUUUUUACCCGACUGGAGUCUUUGGACCUAGGAUCACCCGAGCGUUUGAGAUAACAGUUCCGAGUUCUCCGUCGCCCAUUCCUGCAAAACGUUUCCGCCAUGUCCAUUACGCGUGUUCGAUGCGAGCCUAAGCACCGCCAAUAGUGAGUAAGUAAUUACGAUCGUUGAACAACAGCUUGGAUGGGGGCACGUUCCAUACGUCUCGUGCAACCAUCUAAGUAGGAAAGCAGAGAGCGCUGGAGAGGUCUCACAAGGCCAAUGUGCCCUGCUCGGAGGAAUAGCAUGCUGAUAAUGCCGUGACUCCGGUCGUUGGUACGACCCCGCCUUCGCCUAAGCAUCCUACUGGAAGCCCAGGACAAGGCUCCGGGGACUUCAACAUAGUGAUGAAGUGAAAUGGAGUCCGGGAAUCAGGGUCAAUUGUCGUCAGCUUGGCGCGUGGUGGACGGUAGCGUGAGGCUCCAUGGAGGAGCUGUGGAGUGACAGAUACUCCUCUAUCUAGUUGCUCGUGGACAUGGGACGACGGCUGUAUCGAAGCUCAUGGUCCGAGGAACAAUAAUAAACGACUGGAGCAAUAAUGCUCCAAACAAUCAUGACACUGCAGCCGGAAGAUCCGACAAGUCACAAGAGCGGAGUCGGAGUGGCGUUGCAAGUUGUUGCAACCUGAGUUCCGUUGCCAAGGAAUGAACAGCCUCAGGCCCUCACUGGCUGUCAGUGGGAUCGGCCAAUCGGGCUGUCAACUGUCAGUGCAUGUCAGCCGCGAUCGCGUCAGCCGCGGCAAUUUCUGUAGCCUUACCUUCCCUUCCGCUUUCUCUCCUUCAUGAGCUGCCCGAGCGACAAUCUCUCUGUCAUUGACCAAUCCGAUUUCUGGAACCCGAAGACUGGGCUAAAUUGGGAUAAACACAGAAUUGGUUGGGCCAUAGCAGGGGGUUGCUCGUUGCUCACCGUUAUCAUCUCCUUCAUUUCCGUAUUGCAGCACUCCAGCUACACCUAUUACUCUCUCAUAUACGUCGCCUACGAAGCAGUGACCAUCAGUGCUUUCUUACUGCUCAUCAUAGAAUAUGUGGCGAACACCGCUGUGAAUCACAACGCUGAGAGCGCCAUGGCUCGCAAGGACAAGCGACCGCUUCCUAUGCCAUUCUGCUGCUGGAGAUAUAGACCCACGAAGGCUUACUUCAUGUAUACUGUAAAAUGGUCUGUCAUGCAGUAUGUAAUUGUCCGCCCCUUGGUCUCCGUCGCGGGUAUCAUCUGCCAAGCGUUCGGCGUCCUGUGCGAGAGCCAGAGCUACAACCUCCGCUUCGCAAGUGUCUACUUGUCUGCUGUGGACUUCAUCAGUAUCUCGAUCGCACUGUAUGGCCUGCUCUUGUUCUACGGUCUCACCGAAGACGAGCUGGUGGGCAAGCGCCCGCUGGCCAAGUUCCUCUGCAUCAAGCUGAUUGUCAUGUUUACUUUCUACCAAUCAUUUGUUUUCUCCGCGCUCGAGGGUCAUGUGAUCAAAGCUACCCAAUACUGGACAGAAGCAAACAUCGCCGAUGGUCUGAACGCUCUGGCAAUCUGCGUUGAGAUGGUCUUCUUUGCGAUUGGUAUGUGGUGGGCCUACCCUGCCAGCGAGUACCGCAUAGCAGGCGUGCACACCAGCAUCUGGAGACCGAUCUGGGACUCGAUCAAUUUCUGGGACUUUGCGGUUGAGAUCUACCAGUCGCUGCGCUACUUCUUUGGCGCUGCUGUCCAUCGCCACCAUCGAGACGAGUCCAAGCUGGACUUUGGACAGGCCUUCGGAGUGGCUCCCGGUCCAAGCCACCGGUCAAAACUUCUCACAUCGACGAGCGAUCCCGUCCCAUAUGACCCCGAGGCCAUUCGAAUGGCACCAUACGCUUUCACAGCACCUGGCGCUGCCAUAUCCAGCCCAAACACUGCUGCCCAUUUCGCCGGAAAGACGGAUUUCCACGAGCCCUGAGUGGCGAACAUUAUCUGCAGGUAACUACGACUACAUACUACGACUACAACUAGCGUAUCUAUAACCAUGUAUCUUCUUAGCUCGCACAGUGUAGUGCUUCACAUUUCAUCCUCAGAUUCGUAUUCCUCAUUCAGUCCCCCCGCCGCGAGAAUUUCAGCCCGUGUCUCCACUUUGGGCGCACGCUCUCUCACAUAGUGGCCGCCUUGACGCUUGAGAACGUCGCCAUCGCGGAAUCCCGACUCCGGGGUGAGCAGAAUCUGGUACAGCAUCUGUCGCAUAUCCGCACCCAGCUCCGCGCAGUCGUCGUCGACCUUGAAAUCACCCCAUGCUUGCCAGAAUUGGGCAGUCGAAAGCGCGGCGAGCAGUGUCCCAGCCGGCGGAUACAGGAACCCGAUUGCUGCCAAAGCAGUCAAGAAGAUCCAGACAUGGAGAUGGGCAACCGAAGCCCAGUGAGCCAAAGCGCGGAUCCGGGUCGAAGGAGCUGCGUAUGGAAACAGAGCCGUGCACAGAGAUUGAACAGACUUGAUGACAGAAGAAUCAGCAGUGGAUCGGACAGAAGAAGGGAAGGCAAUCGCAGUCAGAUGUUCCGGAGCAAGAAGUAUGGCAGCCCCAACGCAGACACACCAGAGCGGAAAGAAGGCAGCUUGCAAUGGGAAGAGUAGAGAGAGUCGAGCAAAGAUGGACUCUUCUAUAAGUUCUUCUUGAACAUCAGCAUCGUUUUCGUUGAUCGCUUCAGGAUUCUCGAUCUCCAGAGCGUCUCCGGAGGCAGUCGCAGCGGAAGCAAUGAUGUCGAUAGGGUGGUCUUCAGGCAGUUUCGUUUCCAG